GUUGCGCGUGUUUUAUGGUUCAGAAAAACGUAAAUGUUCAUUUCGAGGUAGAAAAGUUACUAUUUGUACAUUUUCACAGAUAUAGCAGUUACACGUGGGAGAAUAAAUUCUUAUCACUCCAGACCCACGGCACGUGGUGAGAGGGGAAAUCCGCGAAAACUUGUUUUCUUUUGAAAGGUCUAACCGGAAGUUUGUGGUUGCUUAGUAACCAGAUAAUGAACGUUCUAGUAAGGUUCAUCUAGAGCCCUUUAUCAUUAGCUAACACCAACACCAACACCAACACACACAACAACAACAACAACAACAGCAGCAACAGCAGCAACAAAGUGACGUUUUUCGUCUUCCGAGCCUCGUGUUGUCUUUAAACAUGUCUCGCCGGGAUCCUUUCCCCUCCACAAAGUAUGAAAACGACUUCACUCUGAGCGGCUUCCGGCCGCAGCAGAGGAAAACAUAUGAUAAACCAACUCACCUGGCCCAAACUGAGGAACCCUGGAGUCGCCUCCAUGAUGCAGCCACUUUGGCCAGCUCCCGGCGGAGCGUUACGCAUUAUGAGCGCCAGGCUCUAAACGACAGCCUCGACUUCCACCUUAAGUCAGUCUACGAUCACCACAAGGACUUCUUCUGGACAAAGAACCAGAUUUUACACCAGAGGGAGACGGUCUCUGAGGAACACAGGAAGCAGGAAAACUUGAAGCAGGACAUGCUGGAAAGGGAACAAGAGACAAAAAUCAGAGUGUGGGUCGAUCCACAGAGGUGCUCCAUUCACAGCAUUAAGUGAAGCACAGGUGCACCAGGGAGAAUAAAGCCAGCUUCCCUUCAACAUGAAGCUUCCAUAACUAUCUCUAACUGUUAUAAACACGAG